CCAUGGUUGAAGAAAAAGGCAAUCACCUCUUCCUUCACCUCCACCUCCUCCUCCUCCUUUUUGCACAAGUUUGCCCUUUAGGAAAUUUUGUAAACACAUUCUCUGUCAGCUAGCUCUGUGUUGGCACCUCAAGACGCACCGUGGCUCUGUAUUUCCUUGUGUGUCAGCAGUGUAGCACCCCCAGGAAACCCACCACCCCUUGAAACACGCACAGGAGACUCCGCUGCAUAUUUUACAAGGAUUCUGUGGCUGAGGACCCCGUGGAAGGAAUGAGGAGGGCGUGAAGGAUCCGUAUCUUGACAAGGGGGAGUGCAGCAUGAGGCAGCCGUCCAUGUAGCAGAGGCAGCUCAAAGCAGGUCAUUAGUGUGGCUACCUGGAAGUCAGGCAGGCCAUAUGUAACUCAUGAUUGAGGCCAAGACACCAUCAAGUCACCUGGUGUGACCUAUGUGUGUUGAGGUGAGACGGAGAGACCCUUCACCGCCACCACUGCCACCACUGCCACCACCACUACUUCCUGCUGUUGCUGCUGCCACUACUGCCCAUCAACAGCACCCAUGUUGAAUCGCUUCAAGACAGCACUCUACAAUGUGGUGGGGAGCUUUGACCAGACUGAGGGAGGUGCCUUGGGGGGCCUGGGUCCAGGUGUGACCUCUGGCCUUUCCACAAGCUCACUUAGCACCAGGUCCUUGACUGGAUCCACCAAAGACAAGGGCCUGCGUUUCCCCUACACACGACCACACUUCCUCCAGCUUGGCUCUGAGGAUGAGAUUCAGGUGACAGCAGACCACGCCAUUCGACCCAUCAUCUGCCCAAGGGACAUAUCAAGGCUGCCGUGGAAUAGUGGCUAUGCUGAAACCAUCAAUGCCGGUAAGUCCAAGAAAAAUGAGGAUCAGGCAGUGGUUCACGUUGGCCUCCUCACACGGCCACUCAGGGUAGAGCAGGGGGCUCCUUCCUCCACCUCGUCCUCCUCUUCUUCUCCAUCCACCUUACAAGAUGCCAGGAGCUCCUCAAUCAAGGCAGAGCCAGUUGUCAAUGGACACAGUGAAGAGGGAUCUGAUCAGCCUCAGGAGAAGACUGUGAUGUUGCAGCCUCAGGGAAUCAAACAUCCUCUAUCUGCCAGCCCUGCCACGGAGCUGAAAGAAGGCUUCUCCCAGGACCUCAGCAGUAACCCUGAGGACCAGCCUGGAGAGGGACCAGGGGGCAUCAAGAUAGAAGAAGGAAGUGCAGAGCCUCCUCCUCCACAUGAGUCCCCUCAGCAGUCUCCCAUGGUCCAUGUGUCUCUGCCAUACUACAUCUUUGGAGUUUUUGAUGGCCAUGCUGGCUGGGGUGCUGCUGUGGCUGCUGCCAACCAGCUCCACCAUCUUGUGCAUGAGAAAUUGUGUGACGUGAUUGACAUCCUGAUUCCUGACCCAUUGGAGGAGAAGCAACAGACCCCCAUCUGGGCUCCAGAGAAGGAAGUCACCAUGGAGAGUGCUGUCACUGGUGCCCUAGAGAAUGCCUUCUGGCAGAUGGACCACACGAUAGCAGAAGACAGGCUAAGGUUUCAGUUGACCGGGGGAUGCACUGCCUGUGUUGCUCUGUUCAUCCACGGCAAGCUCUUCCUGGCCAACGCUGGGGAUUCACGUGCCAUCCUCUCCAUGGGCGGUGUUCCACUACCAAUGUCCUUCGACUUCACUCCUGAGACAGAGAACCAGCGCAUCAGAAAACUAGGGGCAAUGCAUCCAGAACUGCUUGGUGGGGAAUUCACUCACCUUGACUUUGUCCGCCGGCCACAACGGAGGGACCUGGGUAAGCGGGUGCUGUAUCGGGAACACUACAUGAGCGGCUGGGCAUACAAGACACUCACGCCAGAUGACCUCAAGUACCCGUUGGUGUGUGGCGAGGGCAAGCGGAGUCGUGUGUUGGGCACCAUAGGAGUCACACGGGGCUUUGGGGACCAUGACUUAAAGGCUCAGUGUACAUCCAUUCCAAUCAAGCCGUUCCUCUCACCAGAACCGGAGGUACGAGUGUUUGACGUGGAGGCUGCUGAGCUCACAGAUGGGGACGUCCUAGUGCUGGCAACAGAUGGGCUGUGGGACAUCAUCUCCAACGAGCGAGCAGUGGCCAUGGUGGGCAAGUCCCUCUCACACUUCCCACCUGACCACCACGACAAGCACAAGUACAGAUACACCAGUGCUGCCCAGGACCUGGUGAUGGGGUCACGCGGGAAGCUGAAGGAGCGUUACUGGCGCACGGGUGAUGACAAGCAUGCCACCAUCGACGACAUUACCGUGUUUGUAGUGCCUAUCUUGCCGUACCAGGAGGAACACCGAGUGUGGAAGGCCAGGCAAGGCAGGCCUCCUAAGGGAAAGCAGGCAGCAACCAAGGAGAGAAUUGAAACAUCAGGCAAUGGCCAUGCACCAGCUUACGUUCCUCCUAGAGAACAGGACAACCAUGAAUGUUCCUCCACUGAGAAACACAACACACAGGAUCCCCUCAGCACCUGGGAGCCCCCAAGUAUGGAAAACUUUGACUUGCACCCUCAGGAGGAUCAUUUCAGGAGUGAGAUGGACACCGCACAAACACAGAGGAGUGAGGAGCCACUACGAGAUUCAGACAAGGCAUAGUACAGAUUGGUGGGUUGGGGAUUAAGGGAAGGCAAACACUAGUCUUAUUUUUUGGGCCUAAGUCAGGCUUUGGUGGCUUAUGGGGUAAGGGAGGGAAUCAGCGGGGCCGUUCAUCAUCACAUGUUGAGUGUUGACCUGUUGUUGCUGUGAAAGAGAAAGAAAGAGAGAGAGAGAGAGAGAGAGUGUGAGCAUAGCCUUUCUCCUGAACAAUUUCUUUCUACCAAAGAAUUGUUAUGUUAUGAAAAAUAUUUAUUUCUAGAUAUACAUGAGCAAAUUUCAUAAUAAGUUAUAAGAGUGGUGUGUGUUGUUUAGCUAAGUAGAGGAACACAAACAUAAUCACCGAUGUGUGAUUUUCCAUCACUUCAGGAGGGGCACUGCAAGUUUUCUUGAUUAGAUAUGCAGUUUUUUUCAGAAUAGGAGAGAGAAUUGAUAGAGAAAAUGGACAACCAGAAACUCAGAUACACGCAGCUAUAAUUAGAAGUCAUGCAACUUACUGCACUCGUAUUCACUGUGUGUAGUGUUUGCUUCUGUUUUGAACACAUUCAUUUUUUUACUAGAUGGAAAUCUUACAAAUGACCUAAAACAUUUAUUUUUUCAUGCCUUACAUAGUGGCCAACUAACUCAUUGAUCUAAUUCAGUUCUGUGUCUGAAGUCCCUGACCCACUGACACUUUCUUUGAAGCCCAAUUAAAAGAUUCCUAUAGAUCAAACGAUUGAAGGGAAACAGUAAAUACAAUGGAAGUAGAUGCAACAGACUACCCACUAUUGAUCUUAACUGUUUCUUGGUAACUAUGAGAGCUUCCCAGAGGAAGAAUGACUGCUGUGAUAUCCCAGUGUAGGUAUUCAGAUGCAGUGUAUAGCAGGAUCACCCAACUCCUGUCUUUACAGGGUGACAGUACCAGAGAUGCCCAUUACAAGUCAAGGUUCUAGCAGUAAAUAGUUGAUGAAUCAAGAACAGUUAAAAAGAACUGAAGAUUUUACAAAUGUUCAUCGUGUCCUUUGAGUUAUAGGUGAUUGUAUGCAUGUAGAGAGCAAAGAACUGCAGUGCAAGAGUGUUGAGUGUUAGUAGCUGAAUGAAGGAUGUGGAUAAAAAGCCUACUGGGUCAUUUUAUGUGGGAAAGUGCUGUGUGUUUAUAUCAUGCUGUAUGCCAGAAGGUGGACAUUUUGGUGGGUUGCAGUGCUGAGAAGUUAUGUUGUCCUGAUGUAUUUAGAGGCUAUAUAGAAGGCUUGGACAUCUAAUAGUCUGUUGGAAGAUGUCUUAGGUUACUUUAUUUACUCACAGGUCCUGCUGUUGGGUUAGGGAGACUGUUGUUGAUAGUUGCAGUCUUAAUUUGUGUAGCUAUUCGUGUCCAAUUAACAGGAUGCGGAACAAAGAAUAACUCCACACAGGCAGUGGAUGUGUCAAGACCUGUGGAGCCGAGGGUACAAAUACCUUAUAAGACAGUGUACUGAGAACCUGUGCAUUGCUCACCACUUAUUAGAACAUUCUUAUUUAUAUUUAUUGUAGUGUUCUGUGAGAGGAUGCUUGUGGUUUAGGUUUAGAGUAGUUAGUCUUCACCUUAGCCUUCCAUUCUCUCCUGAGUUCCUCUUAUUAACUGGAGACUUUGAAGAAAAAAACUCUGUCUCCACUUUACUUUUUCACCAGGUGUUACUCAAGUGUUUUCUGGCUUUUUUCAUAUCGUUAUUUGAUUUAUACUUGGUUACAUAUUUAUUGCUGUUUUACCAUGAUUGCCUUCCCUCUCCCAGGCCUUUUUUUUUUUUACUACAUUUAUUCUCAUUAUUGUUUACUUGUUCAUGGCAUUUCUGUUUUUUCUCUUUACUACCGAGUUAUUGAUCUGAUGUCAUUGCUUCUCUUACAAUGCAUAUUUUCUAUCUCAUUUUGUGUGUUUGUGGUGGAGAGAGUGUGUGUGUGUGUGUGUGUGUGUGUGUGUGUGUGUGUGUGUGUGUGUGUUUUAGAAUGACACUAGUGAGACGUUUCUUGAGGUAGGUCAUAUUUAUGCACAACUAUUUAUGUUUCACCAUAUUCCAAAGAAUGACAACCAUUCCUUCAUUUAGAAAAGUGUAUGUUUAAGGCUAUGUUUAGUUGUGGAUUUGAAGAUUGUUAAGCUACUCCCUUUAACAUUUUUUAUUGUUAUAGAUGAUUAUAUGCGAUGUUUACAGUAUUUAUCUAGAAUGUUUGUCUCAUGUUUCCAUAUUACAAGGGCAGGGAAGGAUGUAUAUUUGAUUUUGUAUUUUCUCUGUCUUCUUGGGUAGUUGUAUAUCACACUGUAUAGUAUUACUCUAUACUUUUAUACAUUUUUCUUUUAGAGUAUCCCUUUCUGGACAUGGUGUGUGUGUGUGUGUGUGUGUGUGUGUGUGUGUGUGUGUGUGUGUGUGUGUGUGUGUGUGCGUGAUUGUAUUGUGUGUGUGUGCAUGUGUGUGCUUGCAUACAUGCAUGCAAACACCAUAUUAAGUUACAUGCUGGACCUGCCCAACCAGCACCUGAAAUACUGAGCAUCAUGGUGGUAUGGUGUUUGGUAGUCAGCACCAUCACACACCUGUGGUACUCAGAGGCUCACCUGUGGUCCAUUCACCCCACCCUGAGCUUCUCUCACAGCUGCAGCCACCACUGUUUAGAUGCCUUAGAAUAGCCUGCUGUUCCAUUCACCAUUUCCCUUUGUUUCCUGUCUAAAUCACUGUCAAAUAGCACACCAACACCCUCCCUCCCAUGGGUAGAAUAAAGAGGAUCUCAUCACUGUGACGCCUUACUCGUACUGGUUGUCAUGAAUCACACAAGUACACUAGUUCAGAGUUUGCCAGUCAUUCAUUCAAUCACAAAUACUUUUCUUCAUAAUUCAGCAUCUCUCCAUCUUACCUCAGAUUAUAUGAGUGGCAAUAUAUAAAGUUAAUUUGGUUCAUGUAUAAGUACAGUAGGAGGGUGCAGUGAGAAGAGAGGAAGGCAGUGGUGUGUUGGUGGAUGCAUAUUUCUCAUGAAUUCAUACAUUUGCUGUCAGAAUCAUAAAAGUGUUAGUUGCCUUGUCAUUAGACUGUGACUGGCUGAUAUCAAGUGCUCAGAUCACCCACUGUUACCACAGCAGCUCAGAGCGUCCCUUGUCCACACGUUUCAAGUACUGGUGGUAAAUACUUGGCACGACAGCCACUUCAAUGGAUGGUGGCAGUGUCUGCAGUGCUGCCAAGGAGAGGCUCAGCUGUGACCAGUGGGUGGUGUAUCAGCUUUUCCUUUAGCAUGAGUAAAUUUUUUAGUAAUGAAGAAAAGGAGAAAAUGAACAAGUGUGUGUAUUGUGGUAGGUUAGAAAUUUCACCUCAGUUAUUCAGCAAUUGAAAUAGCUACCACAUCAUGUAAAUCUUUGAAAGUCACAUGCUGGCUGUGAGAAUUUUAAUAAUAAUUGUUUUUACCACUACAUAUCUGGUGUUGGUGAGGGGAGGGAGAAGGGUGUGCCCCUGAGGAAGUGUUUAGCCUCUAUAGCCUUGCCUAUAUACUGUUCCUUGGUCAAAAUAUAUGCAUCAUAUACAUUAAUGUUAUGUAAACUUACUGGGGAGGCUGCUGAGGUAGCAUAUAGAGGGGCUAUGAGAAAGAGAAGGUUUAGCAGCAUUAUCUUGUAACAGCAUCAUUCUGAAACAAUUUGUGUUCCAAAAUGAAUGAUUUUUAAUAGUAUGACAAAAUAAAUCUUUUGUGAA